AUGCUGCGUACUCUCACGGAUGAGAUGGUGAGAGGGGCUCUAGAUGCCCUGAAGACACAGCAGGUUCAACUGCUUGGCGGGUCAUCUGCUAUUCUGCAGCUCAUGUCCUUUGUCGUGGUCGCUGGCGCGCAAGCAGCCAACGACAGCGACAGCGACGACUCGCGAUCGCCCAAGACACCAGCAGCGCCUCUGCCCACACGAAGCCUCACCCUGCCGGAAAGCCGCGUCUGGGAGAUCUUCUUGGCUGCAGUGUUCAAGUCUGUCCCAGAGACGCCUGCAAAAGCCCAGAGCUUCCAUGCUGGCUACAUCUCGGACGUUCUAAGACCGUCGCUAGCUGCCAUCGCUGGACAAUCUCCGACUGCACUUCAGUUUUCUCAGGAGCAGCUGCGCGUCAUCUCCUCCACCGGUAUGAGUCACAUCGAAACAGCAAGGGAAUGCUUGAGGGAGUUGGCUAGUAGACUUUAUGAGCAGCCAAUUCUUCGAUUCAGGCACUCCGGUUUCGCACGGCGCCAAGCAGCACGUGAUUUCCAGGAAUUGGAGGUUGAAGCACCCGACCUUGGAAGGAGCUGCACUGACCUGGAAGGUAGGAGCCAAGCUGAAGUCCCAGACGUUCCUGAUGUUCCUGACGCUGCGGAGCUCGACGCAUCAGAAGAGGCGAAGCUGCGCGCAAUCUUCAGCACGUGCGACACCAACGGUGAUGGGACCAUCAACAAGCGGGAGCUGAUCAAGAUGUGCCGACAAAGUCUCGAGACGGCAAUGUUUUUCGGCUUGCCAAGCGUCAUCAAGCAGGAAGACGGCUCGCGCGAUCUGCUGGAGCGGAGGUUCCAGCGCAUGGAUCAGAAUGAUGACCGGGAGGUAACCUGGGAAGAGUUUUAUGACUUUUACAUGUCGGAAAUCAGGGCAAGGCCAAAACCUUCCACUGGCACUGGGGAGCCUCGACGUUCAAGCUCCGACUUGAGCCGCAUGAACACUGAGCAGGAGAUGGAUGUCAGAAAAUCCUUGGCGGUGGAGGAAGACAUGGACUCAGAGAACGAGAGCGGUCUAAGCCCAGCAAAAGCAGAAAGGAGAAGCCACCAGCCGUCUCUGGCCUUAGCCAUCGACCAGCAGCUGGCGCUCCCGGACCUCCAGGGGCCGCCAGCGGUGGCAGAUGAGCCCUUGGCACUGGCUGUCAAAGAGGCACCGGAUCCAGGAGCUUCGAAGGAGUGGAUUGCAAAGGCGACGCGCUUCUUGGACUUCAUCCAUGAGCAGGUUGCGGCGCACACGCACGAUGGACAAGUGACCCGGGUGGACUUUGAGGAUGUGAUCCUCACAUCCAAGAGCUACGGCCACUGCUUCGAGCAUCUCAGCGGCACUGAGGACCUGGCAGCUUCGGAUAUUGACAUCGGAGCCGUCGAGUUCACUGACCACUUCUUGGGAGACGUGGCUUGCGAGCAUUUGGAGGGGCUCCGUCUGCAGACUCUGCCGCCGGAACCGUGGCACCCUGUGCCAGCAAGGCAAACGGAGGCCGCGCCCUUCCCACAGAGCAUGCUGGCUUCGAAGGCUUCGAAAGACGCGAUGGUGCUGGCCACCACUGCUGCAACAUUCGAGUCCUUCGAGGUUGCCGAGUAUACUGAGGAGGCCCCAGCUCCGCGCCAAGAGCCCGAACCACUCCAGGCGCUUCCCGCUGUUCACGCGGAGGAACAGCGUGAGCCUGUCUGGAAUUCCGCUGCGGUGGCAGAGGAGGCUCUGGCAAUCGUGGACACGCCUGCUCCGGAGUCUCAGGAGGUCCCUGCCAUAAGAAAUCAAACGGACCCGGCUAACCUGAAGAUGGAGGUCUCCAAGAUGGAGGUACCUCUCCGCUCGGCUCCGGAAGUGGGCACGCGUCCGACAUCCAAAGCCGCGGCGUUGGCUGUUCCAGACAACUGGUUUGCUGAUGCAGGGGCGGCAGCAGCACGCCCAGUACUGCCACCUGUGCCCAUCCUGCAACUGGAAGAUCCUUCUGGAGGCCUCCCAAUCAUCCCGAGCGGGCGAGCGAGGAUUCCAGACCCCUCAGACCCCCCAGAGCUUGCUCCCAAGCACAUGGACUUGGGAAACUCGAUCUUGUCCUCCACUGCGGCAGACACAGUGGCCCUGCUGGGUGAGUCCCAGAGCAUCCAGAGCCUCACAGUGGCAACAGGCUCACUGGAUGCAACGGCGCAGAAUGCGGGGCAGAAUGCCGUGCAGAAUGCGGUGAAUGUGCAGACUCUGCAGGCAUCGGCUCAGAGGCCCAUGCUGCACAUGCAGUCGGCCUUGGAGACGUCACAGAUGCAGACAAUGCAGACCCUUCAGACCAUGGAGUCUCUGGAGACUGGUCAGCCUCCUGCGCCACUGGUGGGGCUUGCAAAAAGUUCGCUGGUGAGCGAAGCUCCGAACUCGCAAAGGUCGCUGCGCUUCGAGGACUCGGUUGCAGAAGCCCGGCCAUCAGAUUCCCUGCGCUCGAUGGAGGAGCAAAGGCACGGUUUCGUUGAAGCGCCGGCUGAUGACGAAAAUUCAACAUGGAGAACGAGCCAGACCCGUAGCUCUGAUGCGCAUUCUUCCGUGGAGCACGCUGCAUCUUCGACGCGCCCUGCAAGGGUGUCUGCAGGCGCCGUUCCGCCUCUUCCUUUGGACUACCUGGGGGAGUGCGGCAUGCAAGGCAUGCGAGGCGUGCAAGGCAUGCACGGCAUGCAAGGCAUGCAAGGCAUGCAAGCUCCAGGACCGGUCCGGGAUGAGGCAAAUCGCGCGUGCCCAAGCCCGGGACAUCAGGCGCAUGCUCAGCAUCCAAUGUCUGGCGCAGCUUCCUUGGCAGGGGAGAGUGCCCGGGCGGGGCUGUUUCCCAGGUGGGAUCCUGGAAGCUACCGCAUGGGAUCGCCUCAUCGAGACGAGGUGCCCUUUGCGGAUCUGAAUCCCCUGUACUACGACUACGACCUGCCAGAUGCACUGCAAGAUCAAAUUGCAGUGUUCUACCGAGAGUUGGAGGAGACCAAGGAGCGGCAAAGGCGUGCCGAGCGUGACAACAACGAGCUGGUGCGCUACUUGGCCGCUCUUUUGGCGGAGCCCGAUCCUCCUGAGCUCCAGCAUGCACCUCAUGCAAGAGUACCUCCAGCACCUCUUCCAGCACCUCUUGCACCCCCGAAAUCCAGCCAAGUGGAGGAGAGGGCACAGCCCGCUCCAAUCGCUGAGACGCAGUCUUCGAUGCCAACACCUCCGGCUCAAACGAUGUCGCAGGAGUUGCUGUCAAAGCCGUUAGUCAACAUCUCCUUCGGUGCCGGGGCUCCGAAUGAGGGCAAUUCCCGACCUCAGCGUUCAGCCGAAAACGUCCUCACGGAGUCCAUCGCGUCUAUCUUGCCUAUGGCCUUUCGGAACCUCCUUGAGCGCCCGCAGCAUGAAAAAGGCGAGCAGGAGAGGCAGCAGCUUCAGCAGCAGAUAUUGCAGCAACAGCAGCAGCUCCAGCAACUGCAGCAGCAGCAGCUUCAGUUGCAGAUGCACAUGAAUCAGCCGGGGCAGCAGCAGCAGCAGCAGCAGCAGCAGCAGCAGCAGCAGCAGCAGCAGCAGCAGCAGCAGCAGCAGCAGCAGCAGCAGCAGCGGGGGCCGACACCGCGGCAUACACCACAGUCCCAACGCUCCGUGCUGGAUCAGCUUCGAGCCGAGCUAGCCGCUGAAAGGCGUCAAACUGCUGCAGCGGCCCCAGCGAUUUCACCGGACUUGGGAGCUCUCCAGGAUAUGGUUGAGGAGCUAAAGAAUGCGGGCCAAGCCACCAUUGGUCAACUUUUGCAAGCACUUCAGGAUGUUCGAAGCACGCAACAGAGACUAGAGCGACAGGCCUCAAUUCCAGCUUUGCCAGCGCCAGUCCUGAUCGACUCCAGUCACUCCAGUCCUGGCCACAAUUCCAUGAUCUCCAUGCCCUCAAUGGGUCGAGCGGUCCAAAGCUUUGAACAAGAGGCCUCAAUGGCCUCCAUGGCCCCCAUGGCCCCCAUGGCCCCCAUGGCCCCAAUGGCCCCAGGGCCUCCGCGAAGGGUCGCUCUCGGUGCGGAGGCCAGGCUCGAUCCAAUGCGGAUCCAGACACAUUUUCCCAGCCCCAAAGAUGUGCGUCAGGACCCCCGCAGGCUGGCGUGGGAUGCGGUCUGGCCGCAAGAUGCUUGGCCCGUGAUCCCUAGAAGGCGAGGGCAGCGGCUACAGCCAUCACAGGCGCCAGCACAGACCCUCAUUGACCGGGAGAUGGCACGUUGGGACGCAAGGGCCCAGUUGUUGGAGGCACAGUUCCGGCGCUUGCACGACCAGGCAGCUCGGUGA